AUGUCAGAACACAGAUCUAGUUCAGAAAGUCACGAUUCAUUUAAUCAACAUGUGGUGCAACAACUCAUUGAUGAUCUAUUUCCAGAUAAUAUAUCAAUGAAUAACCCUGAUUAUAAUAGGUUAUAUGAUAAUUUAAAAAAAUGGUUAUCCACAACAGAUAUUGCAAGUAUGAAUGAAAAAGCUAUUCAAUUUAAUUUUUAUCAAAAUUGUAUGAAAGUAUACAAUCAACAGAUUGGUGAUACAUUAAAAUAUGUUGAUGAUUUCAAUGGGAUAAUAUAUAGAGAUUUAUUUCAACGAUUAAUGCCCGAUUUUUGUAUUGUUGAUCAUUAUAAUUCUCAUUUAAAAUCAUUAUCGAGUGGUCUGGAUUUAGAAUUUUUACCACUUCAUAUAGUGUCCAUUUUUGAAUUAAAAAAGAAAUUAAAAGAUAAAGAUGUUGGUCAACUAUUACAUUAUUUACGAAUUGUAUUAGAUUAUUCACCAUCAUCACGUACAUAUAUAAUUGGUGCAAUAACUGAUUUUCAUGAUAUAAGAUAUGCCAAAGUAUCCAGAUCAGAUAAUGAUGAUAAUGUUAAAUAUGAAACAGCGUCAAAAGUCAUCAUAAAUGAAAAUGAAUAUUUAUUGCAUUAUUUAACAAAAUUUCUUACUACAAAUACGUCACAAUUUGGGUAUAAUCGAUUAGAACCAUUACCUAAAGAUAUUCGUAUUCAUGAUACACUAUUAGGAACUGGUGCCAAUUCAAUGGUAUUUAAUUGCUUAAUUGAUAAACAUGAACCUAAUCAAUAUGCUUUAAAAAUAAGCAACAAACCUGUUAACAGGGAAGUAUUAAUUUAUAAACAAUUAUAUGGUGAUAAAUAUAAUAUUGUUAAAGUUCAUGAAUAUGCUUUAUUAUUUGUACAUCCACCUGGUAGAAUCAUAUCUAAACAGAAUUUAUUGAACAAUGUUGAUAUUAUAUGGGAACACAUUAAAGGAGCACAUAAACAUAAUAUUUUACAUCGUGAUAUUAGAAAAUCCAAUAUUAUUGAAAUAUUGAAUCAUCAAACUAAAAGGUAA